AUGCGUUGCCUUACCUAUGAUGACUCCUCCGCGACGAGAGCUUCGCAUACCUCGGCUUCUGCACUCCUUCAAUCUAUUGCAGAUAACCACGCUUCCCACGCAAUGAGCUUUUCGCAUACCCCGAAUCAUGAUCUAAAAUCUACAUGUUAUGAUAACGCCGCCUCCCAUCAGAUGAAUGCACAGUACACCCCAGAUCCUGAGCUCCUAGAUUCUACCUCCACAACGAGCAGGCUCCAGCAACUUACCGAUGACGACGACGCCUCCCACGCCCCUAGCGCUUCGCAUACCUCAACUCCUGGUCUCCUGGAAUCUAGUUAUAGCAACGACGCUUCCCAUGCGAUGCGUCCCCUUACCUAUGAUGACAUCAUCUCCUCCGCGACGAGAGCUUCGCAUAUCUCGGCAUCUGCACUCCUUCAAUCUACUGCAGAUAACCACGCUUCCCACGCAAUGAGCGCUUCGCACACCCCGAAUCAUGAUCUAAAAUCUACAUGUUAUGAUAACGCCGUCUCCCACCAGAUGAAUGCACAGUACACCCCAGAUCCUGAACUCCUAGAUUCAGCCUCCACAACGAGUAUCUCUCAUGCUAUGUAUAAUAAAGUUUCUUCGGCUUCUCAGUUAUGUUCUAUGUCUCGAGAAGAGGAGAUUGAAGUUUGUGUACAACAAAUUAUAUCUGAUGACAGUUGCAAAAUCACGAUUGAAUUGGAAGAACAAACAGUUAAUCAGUUUGAAAAAGAAAAAAGCAAGAACUUUGAGAAUAUUGUUGACAACGAAAUGCCUGGAACUAGUAAAGGAAAACUUGAAAGGAGGAAGGUCAAACCUGGAUAUAUAGAAGAGAAACCUGAAAAAAAUAAAAGAUUAAUUCUCAAACAUGUUGACUUCAUUUCUGACGAAGAAGAAUUUACACUGACUUCUUCUUCAUGGGAAGUAUCAGACGAUACGGAGUCAGAUACAUCCAAUAAUGAUAGAAGAAAGAAAAAACAGAAGAAAAAUAAAAACAGUAAAAGACAAGGCAAGAAAUCAAAAAAACGUAGCAGAAAAAUAAACAAGAAGAAAACUGACCACUUAGCUUCGAACAAAGAUGAAUCUGACUCAGAGCAACAGAAAAUGACUGAAGAAAACAAUAGAGAAAAUGAAUCUUAUGCAGAUUUUAGGAAAAGAACCAAACGAAUUAAUAAAGAUAAAGAAAGGUCAAAUUUAAGGAAAGCUGGAAGAGUAUGUCUCAAAAACUGGAAGAGUAGUUGA